GAUUCUUUUAACAAAAUUAUACUCCAACAAAUACAUGCAUAUAAUAUGUAAUAAAAGAUUAUCUAACAUAAGAUAUAGAACAAACUCAAAAUUAAUAAAAAAAAAAUUCUAACAUCUACAAUUUGAGAAUACUUCUCUUUUCUAAUGGCAUACUAAUUUAUUUAUGUGACUUAUUCAAACACAACAUUUAAUUAGUCCCACUCUAUCAUUGAUUAGUUCAACUAAUUUAGUUGUACUCGUUAUUAUUUAAAUUAAAUAAAUAAAAAAAUACAAAAUACAAAAUUCAACGAACCACCGCUGCUAACGUUCAACAGACGCUGCUUCCCUCCUCUUUUUUUCUUCAUCUUCAUUAAUUAGAUCCCUCUUUCCUCUCUUUCCUGCAGUUUGGGUUUACUUUGAGGGAGAACAAAAAAAUUGAGAAAAAAAGCAAAAUCAGAUGGCUGCUCCACCCGCUAGAGCUCGGGCUGAUUACGAUUAUCUCAUCAAACUCCUUUUGAUCGGCGACAGCGGUGUGGGUAAGAGUUGCCUUCUUUUACGAUUUUCCGAUGGUUCUUUCACCACCAGUUUCAUUACUACCAUUGGGAUUGAUUUCAAGAUAAGGACUGUAGAGCUCGAUGGAAAAAGAAUUAAAUUGCAAAUAUGGGAUACUGCUGGACAAGAGCGAUUUCGGACCAUCACAAAUGCUUACUAUCGUGGAGCAAUGGGUAUAUUGCUGGUGUACGACGUUACGGACGAGUCAUCUUUCAACAACAUCAGAAAUUGGAUUAGAAAUAUCGAGCAACAUGCCUCUGACAGUGUGAAUAAGAUAUUGGUUGGCAACAAGGCUGACAUGGAUGAAAGCAGAAGGGCUGUUCCUACCUCUAAGGGUCAAGCACUCGCCGAUGAAUAUGGGAUCAAAUUCUUCGAGACAAGUGCUAAGACAAACAUGAACGUGGAGGAGGUUUUCUUCUCAAUAGGAAGGGACAUAAAGCAAAGACUUGCCGAAACCGACUCACAUGCCGAGCCUCAAACCAUAAAGAUUAGCCAACCUGACCAGACAGCAGGGGCUGCCCAAGAUGCACCGAAAUCAGCUUGCUGCGGUUCUUGAUCGGUUCUUGAUCAAACCCACCCACAUUGCAUUGAAGAUACAUACCUUAAAUUGACCAAUUUGACGAGCAACUAGUCUUUGCUAUGACGAAUAUCCUUGUCUUUGUUGCCCUUCUAAUUAUUUUUUCGAUUUUACAUUGUGGCGUUCUAUUUCCAGAUCUCUCUGUCUGGCUGAAUUUAUUAACAUUGCUUUUUUUUUUUUUCGGGCUUUCCUUUCGUUCUCUGUGAUGUUGUUGUUGUAAAGAUGAAGCUUAAUCUGCGGUUAUCCGGGUUCAACUCGUUGAAAUCUCGAUACAUGAUUUCGAUUGUAAUAUACGGGCUUGUGGUUGUGCUCUGUUUUCAGAAAGAUUGAAGAACACUUGUAUAUACUUGAAAAUAUUCUACAAUAAAAAAAACUGUUGUGACAAA